AUGUAUCAUUAUUCCACUCCACCUCCUCCCGGGUGGUCAUCCCAUUAUAUGACUUCGCCUCCUACAUCUCCUCAUUACGCCUACUACGCUACUCAGGUCGCCAAUCCCUACGGCUCCCCUCGACCAUCAUCGAAGCGCCAUAGUCGCAAAGCCAGUUAUGCCGGCACCAAGGAAGCACCAGGAUGGCAAUAUGCCGGGUAUGGUACGCCUUUCUACGACGCGAUGCCUGAAUAUAGCACGCCACCGCGCAAGCACGAUAAUGUAAGUGCUUUUUUUGGUGGCUCUCCGUCCUACCAUCGUCGCCGUAGCACCAUGGGCAAUGCCCCGGCGGACCCUUGGGAUAACGCUAGUCCGCGCCCGUCGCACUCGACCCGGAAACGACCCAUCUUUGUAGAUGUGGUCGACGAUGGAUUCGAUGACGCGCCACGAUUCGCCUUCCGCGAGGAAGCUAGCCAACCCCGUCGAUUCUCGUCUGCAACUCCACGCAAGCCAAAGCCACCCACUGAUCAAUAUUGUUAUUCUAAUCAGGUUCCUGCGCAUGAUGACGACUCACCGAAGCGGUCCCGCGCGCGUCGCCAGUCCACCUCCACCAGGACCCCGUCCAAGCCCAAGCCCACGACAUCAUCUAAGCCGCCUCCGAAGGCUACGGAAGAGGAUGCGGCCAAAGCUGGCAUCCCCGCGGGCUAUUCGAUCAAGAACUGGGAUCCCACCGAAACCCCUAUCAUUCUCCUGGGCAGUGUCUUCGAUGCGAACUCCCUCGGCAAGUGGAUCUACGACUGGACGGUCUUCCACCACGGUGCUUCGACUCCAAUGGCCGACGUUGCGGGCGAGCUGUGGUUGUUGUUGAUUAAGCUGGCGGGUAAGAUCAGGAGGGCCGAUGAGUGUGUGGAUCGGAUCAAGGAGCCUGAGCACCAAGAAGUGGUGGAGGACUUUCUGGAAAGCGGUGAGCGCCUGUGGGCGCGGUUUAAGAAAUUGCUGAAAACCUGCGAACAGUUCAUGUGGAAAGCGGCCAAGCGAGAAGGUGGUAAGAGUGUGUCUAUGGGCCGCAAUGCAGGCUGCGAAUUUGUGGAGACGAUAUUUGGUCGCGACCGCGAACUGGAGAGCACGGAGAAGUUGAUGAACAGCGUUCGUUUAUGGAACAUGCGGUUCGAUGCCAACUGCGAGGAGAUUCUUCGACGACCGGCCGCAUAG